UCAAGUGCUAAUAUUAUAACGCAACAAAAAUGACUAAAACUCUUUGUUUCGGAACUUUCUUGUUCUUGUUCUUUGUGCCACUCAUUUCAGCUCAGGAGAAACAAGCAUCUUGUAGCACAUUUGGAUAUGAACUGCUCGCAGCCCGUUUGGACGCUCUCGAGAAUGUUGCAAUGAAGUCUCAGCUCAAAUCGACGGGAGAAAUUCAAAAUCUACGCAAUGAUGUUCAAGAAUUAACUAGAAAUAUUCAGUCUUCGAUGUGGAUACACUCUGGAGAGAUCAUCCGAGAAGGUAAUGGGUUGACGGUUUCAGGUUGGUACGAUUCUGUAUGUUAUGAAUUAUUAGUAUUAAAUAGGCAAACUAAAUGUUUAUCAUCAGGACUACCUCGGUCGUGCAGUGAAUUGCUAUCUAGAAAAUCAGGCAUCCAUCGACUGGCUGUAUCACGUGGAAUCAAAACAACAUUCGAUGUUUAUUGUGACCAAGAGUUUGAAGGUGGUGGCUGGCUUGUGUUCCAAAACCGCUUCAAUGGUGCAGUAAAUUUCUAUCGUCCUUGGGCCGAAUACAAGGAAGGCUUCGGAUCAUUAGAUGGAGAAUUCUGGUUGGGACUUGAUAAACUGCAUGAGAUAACUUAUUCCGCCCAGUAUGAAUUGGCCAUUGUAAUGGAAGGUUUUGAUGGAGACAAAGCAGUUGCUCGAUACUCCGAGUUUGCAAUCGGAAGCGAAGUGGAGUUUUACAAUUUGAGUAAACUUGGAACAUACAGCGGGACAGCCAAUGAUAGUCUGACCUACCACUCUGGUGUUAAAUUUUCAACAUUUGAUCGAGAUAACGAUGAACACGACUCGAAUUGCGCUUUGACCUAUAUUGGAGCAUGGUGGUACAAAGCGUGUCAUUACAGCAAUUUAAAUUCACGUUACGGAUCGCAAGGACUCCCAAAUCGUAUUGUGGUCUGGCGUAAAUGGAAGGGGGACUCGUAUGCGUUGAAAAAGACCCGAAUGAUGAUCAGGCAGAAAUCAUUAUCAUAGCUAGCACAUUGAUCACAAGUAUUAAGGAUUACAAAUCGAAUUAGAAGU